AGAGAGAGAGAGAGAGUACAGAGUCAGUCAUUUUUUGAAAGCAAAACAUGAGGAACAGCUUCCUCCCACGCCUCGCGACAACAACAGACAAAUUCUUCUUUAUUACUACCUUUGCCCCCCCCCCAGUUUCCUAUUCUUUUUUAACUUAUUUCUAACCUAUUCCUUCAACAAUAAAACAUAUAUUUCUCCAACAAAACAACCAAGUGCAUCCUUUCCAAUCUCCCCUAUAUAAACCCCACAUCCCCCAACCACCAUUUCCAAAUCUCAAAAAUUCCCUUUUCCUCACUCGCCACACGCACACAAAACUAUAAACAAAAAACAAAAAAUGAUGCAUUACCAGGCAGGGCGUUCAUGGGAAUACUACAUGCCGCCCACUGCAGCCAGAGACCCAGUGGACCGUGUACUCCGGCUUGCGGCGGAGAGCGCGGUGGUGAUAUUCAGCGUCAGCAGCUGCUGCAUGUGCCACGCUCUCAAGCGCCUGCUAUGCGGUAUGGGAGUGAGCCCAACCGUGUACGAGCUGGACCACGACCCCAGAGGAAAAGAAAUUGAAAGGGCUUUAAUGAGGCUCGUCGGACCCGCCGCACCGUCGGUGCCGGUCGUCUUUAUUGGCGGAAAGCUGGUGGGCUCUAUGGACAGAGUUAUGGCUUCUCACAUCAAUGGAACUUUGGUCCCUCUUCUCAAGGAAGCCGGGGCCUUAUGGCUUUAGAUGUAAUUUUAUUCUAAAUAAUGCUCUUUUUUUUUUUUUUUUUUUUUGUUAAUCUCUCUUUCUCUAACAAAGUUGAAGUUGUUCUUGUUGGAGCAACUUUUUUUUUUUUCUUUUCUUUUCCCGAGAUACAGUUGGGGUUAUAUGUAUCAGAUUGAUUUUCAUGUGUCUCGAUUCUGUAUAGAGAAAUGGAAACUUAAUUUA